CUUGUUUUUGCGGGGUACAGUCGGAGGGUCCCGGGAGGUUGGGGAGGAGAAGGGGAGGAGAAGGGGAGGAAUAGAGGAAUAAAGGAAUAAAAGCAACAAUCCGUUCAAUAGGGUUGAUAGAAUAAAUUCUCUCUCCUCUAUUUCUCAAUAAUACAGGGUUUCUCUGUAUUAUUGAAACUCGGGUACAUAUACGUGCUUAAGAAUCUCUGAUAAAGUAAAUCCUACAGUCAGUGUCAAGACUCAAGAUCAAGAGCAAUGUCUAUCUUUGAGCAAAACCCGGCCAUAAAGUCGGCAUUAGAGUCAAUUGAUGAUGAGUCUUAUGAGCCUCCAGUUGUCACACUUUGGACUGCUAUCCUUUCUACUAUAUUUCCGACAUCCGAAGGCUUUUUGGUCGAACCCCACAAUGUGCUUGGACAUGGAUCCGGAGACACGGUUGAGCGUAGCCCAGAUGUGGUCGUUGUGAGAACGGAGUAUGGUCCAGGACUUCAAAAACGCCCUCGACGCGAUAUCCUUUUUGUCGAGUGCAAACGACCUUUGGAUGACAGGCCUUCUCGAUGGGUGUUCCAUGAGCAGCAAUUGAAAGACCAAGCAAGCCGCAAUCGCAAUCCUUCGGGUGACGAUGACAUAUUUACUGCCGAAGCCAUCGGGUGGAAGGUUAAAUUUUUUCGGUGGCACGGAAGUCGGGAGGAACACGAGCCUCUAUAUCCUGAUUCUGAGAUUCGAGAGCCUUUGAAUCUUAAAAAUUCUUACCAAGGCCGGCUCGCAGAGAGAUUUCUGACUUGGAUGAAAUUAUCUGCUAUAGAAUAGACCCAGUAUAGUGAUUUACCAAAUAUCGACGAGUUGAUUUAAUUAAAGCAUAAUUGAAAAGACGCGCUAAGUAAGUCAUUUCAAAUGGAGUACAUGUAGUCUUUCAUAUUAGAGGAUCUUUUGACGAGGC